UUUUCAAGGGCAAAUCAUUGAGUAGUACAUUGCUGAUAAGUGAUAACAUGCGUAAUCAGUCGGCUUCUUGUUAUCAUCAUCAAAAGAGACACAACAAUCGUCAGUAGCGACUGACUGGCACUUGAUUGUUGGUUGAUUGCCUCAUGUUCAGCUUAACUGAAUCAAUUGACCAGUAUGCACGUGUUAUGUUGCUUGUUUGUAGGUAGUUAGUUAGCAACAACAACACGAGUUAAUUGUACUUAUAAAUCACAUUGCAAUCUUGGCAUGACUCAACAGCUCACUUUUGGUGAAAUGAUCAGUAGUGACCGAAGCCAAAAGCAUCUAUCUGCGACCCAAGAAAAAGGUGGUCAGCUACCCCGUCCAUUGGAGUGGAGUGGAGAUAUGGUGGAGCAGAACAAGAGGGCGAGGGCCAAUGGCGAGGUCAAGCAGGAGCAGCAGCAAGAGGAAGAAGAAGAGGUUGAGGAAGGAGAAGUGAGCCAAGAAGAAACCCAAAGGACGGGAGCUUUCCCUCUGGUGACCAUGGCCGCCAUGGAGCAGACGGAGGAGGAGACGCAGAUCGACGUCAGGAUCGCCGUCGCCUUGCUCCACUGCCAUGCUUGCCUCCAACCUCUCAAGCCUCCCGUCUUCAAGUGCGAUGAGGCGCAUAUCGUGUGCUCCGGCUGCCGCUGCGGCCACCAUGGGCAGCUGUGCGGUGGCGCCGCCGUGUACAGCCACUGCGCCGAGCUGGACGCCAUCGUCGCCACUGCCAAGGUGCCGUGCGCCCACGCGCCGUACGGCUGCAGCAGCUACGUCGUGUACGCGGGCGUCGCCGACCACCAGCGCGCGUGCCCGUGCGCGCCAUGCUCCUGCCCGGAGCCCGGCUGCCGCUUCCGCAGCUCGCCAGCGGCGCUCCCCGGCCACCUCGCCGCCGGCCACUCCUGGCCCGUCGCCGAGAUCGCCUACGGGAAGCCGCGCAAGCUCGCCGUGCCGCCGCCCGCCCACGUCCUCGUCGGGGAGGCCGACCGCGCCGUGUUCCUCGUGUCGUCGUGCGCCGUCGGCGCGGGCGCCGCGGUGUGCGUGGUCUGCGUCAGGGCGAACGGCGGCGGCGACAACGCGGCGGCGGUGGCGCGGUACAAGUGCAAGUUGUGGGUGGAGGUGCCUAGCAACGACGACAACAUGGCCAUGAUGACGUCGAUGGUGAGGAGCAGCGACCUCGCCGGCGGGUUCCCGGCGGCGGACAAGGGGAUGCUGCUGUGGGUGCCGCCGGAGAUGCUGCACGGCGUGCCCGGCGGCGAGGCGGCCAUCCUCAGCAUCCGCAUUGAUAGAGCUGCUGCUGCCACGCCCAAGUUCACGACUACACGAGCCAGGUCCCAGAAGGGAAUGCACUGAAGCUUAGGGUCUCCAGCGUUUCGGUUUUGAUUUUUAGCACUAGAUAAGCUAUUAACGAAAUUACUUUGGAUUUACUUAUUUCUUUAAGGAGCUUAUAUAUAAAAUUAUUUUAGACAAAACAUACCGUUCAAUAUUUUGGAAUGCGUGCUAAUUUGAUCUUUGAAGCUGUGGGAAAGAAUGCAACCUAGUACUGUAGAAUGGUUUAUCUUUUGCAUGUCUAGCCAAUAAGUAAUACACAACUCAUGAAUAUUGUAGAAAUUUUGCAAGAAUUUCACGGAAAAACAGUAAAACAGUUGAAUUCCCGCAGUAAUUUGUGGGUGGAUCC